UAACAAGAUGGGGUCUUCCGUGCACAUGUAUUUAUGAAGUAGACCGACAGAACUGUUCUUGUUGUUUAACUCAGAUAUACUUAGCAAAACUCACAUGGGCACAGCAGCACAACAGGGUUAACAAGUGAAAAGAAGAGCACCAAGCCAAAAUGUUCAAGAAAUUUGAAGGCAAGGACAUGGUGUCAGGUGUGAACAAUGCAAAGUCAUCUGUUCAGAGAGGAGUAAGAGCCAGCAUUCUACAGGACUACCCAGAAGCUGAAAACUUCAUAGAUCAGAUUUUACCCAAAAAGGAGACUCUGAAAAUUGUUAAAUGCCAUGAACACAUAGAGCUGUUAGCCGGCUCUAAUGGCCAAGUCUUGUUCUUCAAGGGCAGAGAAGGCCCCUACGUUCCCAGCCUCAAACUCCUACACAAAUUUCCAUUUAUCCUGCCAUGGAUGCAGGUGGAUAAGGGAGCGAUCAGGUUCGUCCUGAGUGGAGCAAACAUCAUGUGUCCUGGACUUACCUCCCCUGGGGCUAAGAUGACCAAGGAUCUGGAGAAGGAGAGUGUUGUGGCUAUAAUGGCAGAAGGCAAACAGCAUGCUUUGGCUAUUGGACUGACAAAGUUAUCCACGUCUGAAAUCUUGGAGAAAAAUAAAGGCGUAGGGAUAGAGAAUUUACAUUACUUGAACGAUGGCCUGUGGAUAAUGAAGCCCAUUAAAUAAUUUGUCUAUGCCUUGUCAAUGUGAUUUGUGUAAUAAAGUCGUCAUUUAUGUCUA